GAGAGAGCAGUUCAGUUGAAGAAGCUUGAACAUAACAUUUGUGUGUAAAUUUAAAAAAAAAUGUUUGCAGUUUUGUGCAAUCUAUUGAUUGCAACAACUUUCAUUUCAAUCAAUGGUCUAAAAAUUGACAUGAGCAGAGAAUAUUUUUACCAUGGCAAGGAUUUAUUUUGCGGACAACUCCAGUGUACAGAAAACAUAAGAGAAGACACUCAGAUAUCAGCUCUUGUCAACAUGUCAGUCUAUAGGAUCAGUGAACCAGAGGGGAAGAUUUUGUUGGCGUCUAUUUCGGAAUCAGAUUCAAAGCUUCAAGAUUAUAAAAGGGCUGGAACAAGAGUAGAUGGGAAAAUAUCGAAAACAUUUUCUGAAUUGAAUAUUUUUUUCUCGAAUCAUUCAGACUGCAAUGAUGGCGUUUUCCUUUGUGAAUUUCAUUAUGUGAAUACCACAAGAUCAGUUGAUAGAAUUGGGAAAGAGACGAACAGUUUGCAAAGAAAAUCACGUGAAUCUUUUAUAAUAAUGAACUUGAAAGCUAAAACGUCUGACUAUGUUAAAUCUGUUGACACAAUGGCCGAUUUUCUCAAAUCGUUUGAAGACCCAGACAGACUGAAAGGUGCAGACAUGACAAUGUCAUUACAGAUGUCACAUUCUGGUGGCGAUAAGUUCAGCACAGACAAAAGUUUUGGUCCAACACAUACAGAGUUAAAUCACAUUUUCAAACAGAUCAGUUCUUCUAAAAUUGAGGACAUAAUGGAUGAUAAGAUAAAGAAUUUAACAGCGGAUUUUAACGAAACAUUACAUCAAAUGGAAAAUAAAAUCACAACUGCAAUGGAGAAAGAAGUUAAUAAAAUAAUUUUGCCUUAUAUUGAGACACAAAAACUGGAUAAAGGAAACUCUCAGGGCAUGUUAGAUUAUAAAAUAGGAAAUCUAACAUUGAAUUUUAACGAAACGUUACAACACAUGGAACAUAAAAUUGCAACGAAAGUAGAGAAAGAAAUUGAUAAAAGAAUUUCGUCUUAUAUCGAGACACACAAAUUAGACCAGGAAACGUUGACCUCUUUAAAUAAAUCCGUUCAAACAAUCACCGCAGGCACACAAAAACAAAUAGAACAAUGGAAUUUAAAAUUUGCUCAGAUGGAAGAAAAGCUAAAGAAAACUGAAACACGGGAGGAUUUUAAUACAACUUUGAACAUGAUGUACGAUAUCAACAAGACAAUGCACACAUUUUUAGACGAAUACAAUCAUAUGUGUGUCCGUAGCUAUCGCCCAAGUCUACCUGACCGAAUUAUUACUAACUUAAAUGAAACUAAAAUUGCCUUGUGUGAUACCAAAACAGAUGGGGGAGGAUGGGUCAUUAUACAGAGGCGUGUUAAAGGUGAUGUAAAUUUUACCAGAAACUGGAGCGACUACAAAAACGGUUUUGGAUCUUUGGCUGGAGAUUAUUGGUUGGGAAAUGACUGGAUCUCAUACCUCACACAAAAUGGCUACAGUGAACUGAGAUUUGACAUGAAAUAUAAAGGUAAAUCCUACUACGCCGUGUACAGUGAUGUGGCGGUUGGAAAUGAAAAAGAGUUAUACAGGAUACAGUUUACAUACAAGAUCAGCAACGUUGAUAAUAGCUUUGAAACACAGAAUUCAAUGGCUUUUUCCACCAUAGACAGAGAAAAUGAUAUGGAUUCUAAUCGUAACUGUGCUCAGAUUUUUAAAGGCGGCUGGUGGUAUAACUAUUGCCAUCUUGUCAAUGUAAAUGGUGUCUGGGAAGGUACUAUUUACGGUGAAGGACUUAACUGGGAGAGUUUAACAGGCAGUUACGAAUCUCUUGAAUACGUUGAGAUGAAAUUACGUCAGGCAUAAUCUUCAAAGAACAAACAUGGAUUUGAAGUUAAAUUUUUUCUUUUGAAUAGAUCAGUAUCAUAUCUUGCUUCUAUAGAUUUCUUUUUGUUUUUGAAUAUACCCACACUUAUAUAUUUUA